GUAACAUUAUACCUGAGGGCCGCUGCGGCUACACUGAGCUCUAAAUACAGUAACGUAGGUAGGACAGAGGUGGCAGGCUGUCAACCAAUCAGCGAAGGGCUUUAUAAAUGAAGCCUAGAACAACUCAGGAUGAAGAGCGCUCCGGCGGUAUGCAAGCGACGCUUUCUUAACGAUCAAACCAUGGAUGUAAUAUCACCUAGGUUACUUUAUCCCGUGGUGUGUAGCAUUGCUAUCGCAACUCACAGAGAGUGGAAGUAGGUCUAAAACUCUAGUGAACACAGAUCAAGGAAAGCGCGUCUCUUCUCUCUGUUCGUGUUUCUCUGAUGCCAGUGGCAGGUGAGCUCGGUUGGUGCCCGGGCCGUGCCCAAUAUGCCCAUGGCUAUGACGGGCGCAGGAGGCUUGCAGUGCAGGCGCAACUGUAAACUAGACUCCUUUCUCAAGAGGAACACCGAGCGCGGGGUGUAUGAGCGGAUCCGCGCCUAUGAACCAUGCGUGGUUGUCUCGGAGAGGGUGAAUAAGGUGUUCAUGCAUGUAGUUCUCAGUGAUGAGUGCGUGUACCUGGCCGAGUACCCGCCGCGCACCCUCACAACAGCGGUCGACUUCAGGCACAUCCGAGACAUCGAGCUGGUCAAUGAUCUACCAGAGUUCCUCAGUGGCCGGGACCGGGAGCGCUCGCAGCACAUUCGUGUGGUCUACGCCACUUCAAAGCCUUCUGGGAAGAAAAUUGGGCUGCUCAGAGGAGAACCUCGCCUUCCUCCCGUCCCCUCUCCUCGCCAACACUGGCCCAUCUCCCCCUCCAUGGAAGGUAUUGGUGGUACUCUCCUGUCAACCCGCUCAGAACCCCCAGAUAGAGACGGGUGGAACGUCUCACCUGUCCCCAUGAGUAGGAACAGGGAGGAGGAGGAGGAGGAAGAGGAGGUGCUCAGGCUGAAGACCACACGCUCAGCCUCCUGCCCUAACCCUGAAACCCUUGGUCAGAGACAGGGUCUAAGACUGACCCAGCCUCGCCCUCUACCCAACCCAAUUUCCCCAGCCCUCUCCCUCCACUCCCCCCGUUCCCCCCUGUCACCCGUCUCUCCCUCUCUCUCUCCCUCCCCCCCGUGUGACCGGACCCAGAGACCCCCGGAGGCCCCUUUGGUGCCCAGGAGGAGAGGCUCAGUGCUAGCUCGCCUCCUGAAGAGAGAGAGGGUGGUCAGAGAGAGGGAUGGAGAGAAGGAUGAAGAGGAGGGAGGAGAGAGAGAGGCGGAGCUGCAUCUGUACGCUGUGUCACCUACGUCUCGGAUCUACCUGCACCUGCAAAGCUCCUGGAACAGUUACAUUAUAAGGUCGACGUUGCUGUUGGACCCCCUCUACAGAAGGAGAUGCAAUGUCAUGUUGAACACCUCCCCACAGAAACAACCCCCCAUUAGUUGGGAGCGUACAGCCCACCUGUUCCGCCAGCUGAGUGGUGAGUUGCUUCAGGAGGGCAUCAGUCUGGAAGGCAUAUAUCUGCUCCUUCAAGAGCUCCGCACCGCAGCACACCGCAGCAUCACCCUAAGGAAACUCUUCUGGAGGUCCAAUGACAUGUUUCCGUUCCUGGUGCGGAUGCUGGAAGACUCCCUGCAGAGCUGUCAGAGGCCGGAGACCAACACAGCAGACAGCCUACUGCUGUGUACUCUGAUCGCUCAGACCCUGGCCUUGAUGUUCAGAGAGACAGAGAUCGAGCCGGCUCGACUCAACAUGCUUACGACCAAGCAAGGUGCCCUGACAGCCAGGCUGUUACUAGCGUUGGUGUGUGACCCAGAGCUGCAGACCCAGAGCCAGACCCAGGGAUCGAGGAGCGUCUCCCCAGACUCAAGACAGGGCUCUCCCCCACAUACAGAGCUGCAGGUCCUGUUAGAGGACUACCUGGAUGCAGCGUGCUCUCUGCUGUUUGAACUGGUGGUGCUCUGUCAGGAGGCCAGCCGAACUCCAUCUCUAGAGCACUUCCUGACUGUAGGCUGGAUCCUGAGAAUACUGCUGCCUCAUCCCUCUUUACUGUCGUUCGUGGGGUACCAGGCUCGGCAGGUGGUAGUGGUUCUGUCUGGGUCCCAGGCCCCUCUCAGCCCAUCCCAGGCUGCUCUGUUGUUCCAGCGCUGUAGGGUUCUGCUGGCCUGCCUGAAGUUCAGCUCCCACCUGGGCCAGCACCUCCGCACGGAGUACAGAGAGGAGUUCAGGUAUUAUGUGAAGCUGCCCUGUGUGGAGGAGAAGUUGCCCCCCGACUACCCCAUCAGCCAGCCUGCUCUACGCCUCGUCUCUCAACUGCUGGGACUUAUCAUACAGAAGUCCUGACCACAUACACUACAUGCAUUUCCUUGAUUCAUAUGUUUUUAGAAUUAUACUGUAUAUCAGGUUUUUUAAACUAUUGGUCGGGACCCAAAGUGGGCCCUGUGCGUGUGAGAUAUGAGAAUACAUCUACAAUCACACUCUAUUUCUUCUUAAUUUGAGUCGUCGAAGGACGAUUUGGGUCACAGAGGAUGGUCAAUUGUACAUAUACUCUAUCAAACUCUCUCACAGACAUAGGGACAUGACAUUGCUCUGGGAAGGUGUGCCUUUGAGUGGUGUGUGGUUUCUGAAGUUUCACUUCUGUGUGGGUACAAUACUGUACAUACUUGUGUUUAUAUCUUUACACCUGGUGAGAGUUACAAUGCGAGGCAUCUCUCUCUUCUCUUCUCUCCUACACAUGGCCUUGUUCUCAGGUUAAUUGUCAUGUAAUGGCAGUCAGAAUGGUGUGAUAUGUUGUAAUACAAUUAAUGAAUUUAAUCAAGGUACUGCACAUCUCACUUUCUAGGAUAUUCAGCCUACACUAGAAAUUAAUAAAAAUGCCACUUUUUGAGCAAAGGGCAUGUUCCACAGAUGUACCUUAUUACUGUAGUAAAUGAUACAGGCCUACUGAUUUGUAAAACCCUGUGUGCUGUAUUUACUUAGACACAUUAUCUAUUCGUUUUGAUUCAGAAUUGUAUGCAUUUACUUAGAUUUUAUUGUAUAUCAUCAUCUGAGUACUCUCUGAGCAGAGGAUUGUAACCAAAGGUUUUCUAGAACUCAACCUGUUAAAUGGCCUAAA